AUGUUGACGUUACACGUCAGAGGCCCACACGUACAUUCCGGUGGUGAGUCACCCGUGGGCCAGUCUUGUGGAGAGGAGCCGGAGUUUAGCAACCAGAAAGAAUUUGGAUACGUUGAUUUUGCAUCACGAAAAGAUCGCGUGAAAACUUUCAAGAUACAUGAGUUCACAUGGGAUCAUCACGGGUUCAGUAUCCUUAACGAUCUUGUACCAGAAUCAGCACAGAAGCUUGAUGAGAAAUUUGAACUAACACAGAAGCUCACAUAUUCAUUGUAA